AUGAAGAACGUCUUGAUGAUACUGGCUUUAAUAGCCAUAGUUGCUGCUGUGCAAUCCAUGCCUGCUGGUAAGUGCUAUGAGGACAAGAAUACUGGUCAACUAUGGCAAACUAUUUUUUUCAUGAAAUAACAUUCAUUAAAACAGCUUGAUUCGUUCCUUGAUUGGCCUGGCAAUUAAACAUACUUAAUAAACUAAGGUUGUUAAAGCGAUCUAACGUUAACCUUUUUAACAAUAAAGUAUGAAUUCGUUUAUCAGAGUAUUUCCAACAAUAUCUGGAUAAAACUCUACUAAACUUGAUGUUAGGCUCUUGUAUCAUGUGUAUCAGGUAACUAUUGACUAAAACUGUUUGUUUUUUAGACACUCAUGAUGCAAAGGCUCGUAAUUACGUUCCAGAAAGCGCUAAUGCUACAGACCCAGGAGCAGCUGAGCCAUCAGAGGCUGACAACGAUUCAACUCAGAGUGAACCUGAGCCCACUAGUGAGGAAGCCAGCAGUGAUGUAACGGAACCUAAGGAAGACGAAACAGCAGUUGCUGAUGACAGUAACGAUGACGAUCUUGAUGACGACAGCGUUGACGACAAUGACGAAGAUGACGAGGAAGAUGAAGAUGACGAAGAUGAUGAAGAUGACGAGGAUGAUGAAGACGAUGAAGAUGAUGAAGACGAUGAAAGUGAUGGCGAUGAUGAGGACGACGGUGAUGAUGAGGAUGAUAGUGACGAUGAAGAUGAUGGUGAUGACGAGGAUGAUAGCGAGGAGAGCGAUGAUGAGUAG